AUGUGUAACGAAAUUGUGGUGAAAGUACACAUGCAUUGUGAAGGAUGCAAAGACAAAGUCUCCAAAUGCUUGAGAGGUUUUGAUGGGGUUCAAGAUGUCAUGAUCGAUAGCGUGAACCAUAAAGUCGUCAUAAAAGGCAAAAAGAUUGAUCCACUGAAGGUUUUGGAGAGACUUAGGAAGAAGUACAGCAGAAAUGUUGAACUUAUUUCUCCGAAAUUUUUCAAGCUUGAGAACAAAGAAAAGAAAGACGAAGGAAAGAAAGAAGACAAGCAGGCCCAGCUAAAGAUUGUGGUGCUCAAAGUGAACAUGCAUUGCCAAGGUUGUGCGUAUGAUAUCAAGAAUGAUUUGGAGAGAAUGAGAGGAAUCAUGACGGUUGAACCAAAUAUGGAGAACUCAAGGGUGACAGUGAGGGGAAUAGUUGAUGCACCGAAGCUCGUGGAAUAUAUCAAGAAGAGACUAGGAAGACAUGCAGAAAUUUUGGACCAAGAAACCGAGACAUGCAAUUGUUGUAAGGACUUAGUAAUGUGGGAAAAUAAGUGGGAGUGUAUUUCCCCAUCCUCGGCUCAAUGUAUUUGCCUUAGUCACAUGUUCAGUGAUGAAAAUCCUUUGUCAUGUUCCAUAAUGUAA